AUGAUGGAGCUAAUCCCAGCGACAAUGAGAUUGAUACACAACGAGAUAGUUCAAAAUUUUCGCGUGGUCUUCUCAUUGCUCAUCUGUGUCCUAUCUCCUGUCAUCCUGUCGACGAUUACCCGUCGGACUCGGAGACGUCAUCUUCCCCUUCCUCCUGGACCUAAAUCUUUCCCAUUCGUGGGGUAUUCAUUUGGCCCAUAUCAUUGGCGACAGAUGGAGAAAAUUACAAAGGAGUAUGGACCGGUCUCAUCCGUGAAAUUGAGCAACAAUAAGUUGUUGGUGAUCGUGGGUCGUGUCGAACCAGCGCUGGCCCUUUUGGAAGGUCGUAGCAGCGUAUACUGUGAUCGACCACAGUUAGAAAUGGCUGGUAACAUCAUGUCUGGGGGGCUACGCACACUAUGCCUUCCCUAUGGAGACCGUUGGAAGAGAUAUCGCCGAGUGCUCCAUUCCCAAUUGGAUAAUAAAGCGGCAACAUCAUAUCAGCCCAUCCAAGAACGAGCGUCGCGUCAAUUAAUCCUUGACAUUCUCGAGCGCCCAAAAGAUUUCACCGAGGCUCUCACACGGUAUGCGGCUAGUGUAAUCAUCAAGAUCACAUAUGGAAAAACAACACCAAUACAUCAUAGUGACGAGGAAGUUGUAAAAGUCAUCAAGACGUUGACGCGUUUCAGCAAAGCCACGCGUAUAGACGCGCAUGCUGUUGACCGUUUCCCUUGGUUGCGUUAUAUCCCUGGUUGGGUAGCCCAGGGAAGAAAAUGGCACCAGGAGGAGCUACAUCUCUUCAGCUCACAAGUGGAUGGCGUGCGACGUGAAAUGAAUAUUCCUGGAAAAAGAGAUAGUUGCUUCACCUCUUACAUGCUUGAACGUCAAAAAGAAUUCUCCUUGUCUGAUAAUGAGGCGGCAUACCUAGCGGGGUCUUUAUUUGGCGCUGGUUCAGAUACUACUGCAGCUGCUCUAGCCAUUGUGAUAUUUGCAGCAGCCUGUCAUCCAGAGCAGGUCAAGAAGGUGCAAGACGAGCUUGAAAGCGUUGUAGGAAACGAAAGAAUGCCAACCUUCGAUGACUAUCUUGAACUUCCAUUGGUGAAGGCUUUCGUCUGCGAAACAUUCCGGUGGAGGCCUGCCUCUGCAGCUGGAUUUAUGCAUGCAACAGUCAAGGAUGACGUUUACGAAGGUCACUUCAUUCCAGCCGGAUCCUGGGUUGUUGGAAAUCACUGGUCCAUCCAUCGCGAUGAGUCUGUCUUUCCGGAACCAGAUAAGUUUGAUCUCGAACGAUGGCUGACGAAUGAUGAUGAAACCGGAAAAACUGUGUUGAACCCAGACAUGAGGCAUUUUGCUUACGGCUUUGGAAGACGGAGAUGUGCCGGGGUAACCAUUGCGGACCGAAGUAUGUUCAUCAACACCGCCAACCUUCUGUGGUCAUUCAACAUUAAAACAAAGAAGGACAUGAAUGGCAAUGCAAUUGAAUUAGAUACAAUGGCAUUUGAAGAUGCCACAAACUCAAGACCGAAACCCUUUGAAGUGGACUUCUUUCCACGGGUUCCAGAUUUACGAAGAGCCCUUGACGAAAUGAGCGCCUGUUGA